UGCAGUCACCUUUGUUUGCUGCACUUCUUCCUGAAACUUCACUCUCAGCCUGAAGAGACAAGAACACUGCAGAGAAACCAUGAGGAGCACACUGCUGAGGAUGCUGGCCGCGCUCAUGUGCGUGCUGUCGGUGUGCGCUGAGGUUGCGCCUGUUGCAGACUUUGACCUGCAGAAGAUGACAGGCAAGUGGUACCUUGUUGGUUUUGCCACCAACGCUCAGUGGUUUGUGAACCACAAGGCAGGUAUGAAGAUGGGCACUGCUGUAGUAACGCCAACUGAUGUAGGAGACAUGGACCUUGCAUAUGCCAACCUAAAUGCCGAUGGAACCUGCUGGAGGAUGACCCAUCUCGCCAAGAAGUCAGAAACUCCCGGACGCUUCACCUUCCACAGCAAGCUUUGGAACAAUGACAACGACAUGCGUAUCGUAGAUGUUGUGUAUGAUGACUACGCUCUGGUCCACACCAUCAAGACGAAGGAAGGAGUGUCUGAGGUCCUGAACAAGCUCUACAGCCGUGGUCCUGAGGUCAGUGAAGUGCUGCAGCAGAAGUUCACACAGCUCUCCCUCCAGACCGGUAUCCUUGCUGACAACAUCGCCAUCCUGCCUAGAAAUGGCGAGUGUACCGAGUACUGAGGAGUCCCCUGCUGCUGCCAAUCCUCCAAUCUGCAUUAUUUCCCGAGGCUUUCAUCUCCGAAUAGUAAAACAGAGGUGUCUGUGUAAUCACAAUGCUACAGCUGAGACAAUGAAGCAUUUAGACUUCAAUCCCUGCUGCAGACCAAAGACCAACUCCAAUCCUAAUUCAGACCUCAAUCUCUCAGUUUGCGCAUUAACUGCUGCAUCAGAGUGGAAAAACAAAAGGCUGAUGGAAACAAAGGGAAAGAAACUGAGACUGUGAACGCUGUUUACUUUUUAAAAACACUUUUUGUAACUGCUGAUUUUCUUUUUGUUCUUUUUGUUGAAGCUGUAAGCUAAUAAAACAUGUUAAAUAAA